AUGUUCUUUUCUUUUAACCAUGCUUCUGUUGCAGUCUACUGCGACUUCAACUCUGUGGAAAAUGCGAUCCUAACACGAAUCGGACACGACUUCGAGAGUGCCUUCGACAUCACAGACUUUGCCCGGGAAGGACGGUUUGCUCGCGACAUCAACUACGAUUAUUCGGCAACGAUCUCGAAAACGGCUCUCUUAGUCGAUGGCGAGGACGCUUGCAGGCAAAGAAUCGACUUCAGCUGCGAAAACGGUGCAAUAGUGGAUCCAGGAAUCUCCUGUUGGUUAGGGAUACGCGAUGGUUCUAAGUCCAAAGCAUGGGCGGGCACUAGCGAAGACAACAUGUGCCCAUGUGGUGCUCUCGGAAGCUGCUUUGACAGCAGCCAAAGCUGCAACUGCGAUGGCGUUCAGACCACGAUACACGAGGACAACGGUUGGGUUACAGACCGCUCCAAGCUCCCGAUAAAACAGAUGCGAGCAGGAGGGGUGCCCUUCGGCACGACCGCAACGGUCAAAGUCGGCAAGCUCGAAUGUUUUAAAGAAGAUUCCGGAUCGUCACCUCCCGAGUCGUGCUAUGAGAUCAAGCAGAACGGAGAUUCCAUCGCCGGGGACUAUCUGAUAGACCCCGAUGGGUCGGAUGGUGAGGAGCCUUUCGUGGUCUAUUGCGACCCUAGCUUCAAUUCCACGCAUGCGCAGAUGAUCAUACACCACGACUCGGAAGACCGCACACACGUGGUCGACAAAGCCUCGGCCGGAGACUACCAGAAGAUGGUGACGUAUGAUGGCGUCACAAUAGAACAAUUCGAUGCACUCUUCUCAAAUAAUAUCAGUGACGUAUACAUUGCCUGUGUGCAGACCAUCCAAUACGAAUGCUAUGCCUCUACCCUACUGAAGAACGAUAUGAGCUGGUUUGUGGAUCGCCUGGGAGCUCCCCGGACCAACUUUGGGGUAGCCAAUGAGAGUGUCUCGUCAUGCCCCUGCGGUAUCGAUGGCAGCUGCAGCAGUGCAUCUGAGCUUUGCAACUGUGACUUCGACGCCAUUAGCUGGGCAGAAGACAGCGGCGAUAUCAACGACUUCUCUGCCACUUUCCUACCCGUCACGCAACUACGGUUCGGUGACACGGCGGGAGGGGUAGGCAACGAAGAAGGAUACCACACCCUUGGGCCACUUGUCUGCAGCGCUGGUCCCAGUAAGUAUGAAUAAAACUGUUCUGGCCGAUGCUGAUCAGGGUAUACCUAUCCCAAAGAUGGCCAGGGCAGCAGGUAAGUAAAUCGACUCGUCGCAUGUAGCAAGAACGCGCACUCUCCCCAUCUGCAGACGCGUCCUUAGCAUGAUUCUCCCCGCGCCAUUUGUAUGUUUUUUUUCUCGGAAGAUCAACAAAAAAAGGUCAACAUUGACAAUAUUUAAGCAUGCGUAUCAGAUUGCGCUUCCUCCCCCGCCACGCGCCGCCCCACCCCAAAGUUAUCUGUCGAGGAUAGGUACAGGUCACAUCUGAGGGAUCCCUGUGGAGUCCGCAACCGAGUGUACUGGCUUUCGGGCAUCCCUGUCACAUUAACCAACGGCACACCCAUAAUGCUCUGCACCACGACCGUGGGGACUCUACCUACCUAUCCCAUGGGUACUGAGGGUGAUCAUGGAUAUUAUGUUGUAAGAUGAAGGUACCAGUCCGUACGGCUCACCAAAACUGUUACCUCGAGGGAUCACCGGUCGUCUGGGGUCAUCCGACGGACGUAUGCAUCGGACCGAAGCAGCAGCAUCAGCAUCAGCAGGACCGGAGGCAUCUACCCAUCUCCAGGCUGCAGAGGGUGGCCAUCGCAGAUACUGCUUAGCCGACUGAGGGUGAAUACCAAUCGUGCCAGGACAGAUGGACGGAUCAAUAAGAGAAAUCUUCAUGAAUCAGCCAGAUCGUCAGAUGGAGUUGUAUCAGGAAUGUCAGUAUGGUAUCCUCCACCUCCUCCUCCUCCACAUCAGGGCCCCGUUUCACAAAACUUGCCAUCAGUUACAAAUGACAGUUUUUGAUAUAAGCUAC